AUGGCGCUGCCCCCCCUGGGGGAGCUCCGGGGGCCCCGCCGGGGCAGCCUGCCCCUGCCCCCCAGGAACCAGCUGCGGCGGGAGGCAGCGGUGGAGGAGCCGGACUCGCCCCCCGAGUCGCCGGGGGGGUCGCCAGGGGGGCCCUACCGGGUGGUGCUGGCAGGCGAAAGCGGCGUGGGGAAGACGGCGCUGGCCGGCAUCUUUGGGGGGCUGCCGGAUGGAGCCCCCCGCGAGGACGAGCACCCCGCGGACACGUACGAGCGCCGCCUGUCGGUGGACGAGGAGCUCACAACCUUGAUCCUCUACGACGUCUGGGACCAGGGUGAGGUGGGCGGUUGGCUGCAGGAGUCGUGUCUGCAGACGGGCGACGCCUUCCUGCUCGUCUUCUCGGUUACCGACCGGCGCAGCUUCAGCCGCAUCCCCCAGACCCUGCUGCGCCUGCGGGAGGGGAGCCCCCACCCCGACCCCCCGGUCAUCCUGGUGGGCAACAAGAGCGACCUGGCACGCUCCCGAGAGGUCUCGCUGGAGGAGGGCCGCAGUCUGGCCGUGAUGCUGAGCUGCAAACACAUCGAGACCUCGGCCGCGCUGCACCACAACACGCGGGAGCUUUUCGAGGGGGCCGUGCGUCAGAUUCGCCUGCGCCGUCGCCGGCCGGCUGGGGACGGGGGCGCGGGCGGGCGCCGCGAGAGCCUCACCAAGAAAGCCAAGCGCUUCCUCUGCAGCCUGGUGCCACGCAACGGCCGCUUCUUCAAGCAACGCUCCAAGUCCUGCAACGACCUCUCCGUGCUGUGAGCCGGCCCUUUAAGAGGCAGCCGGCCCACGAGCUGCUCCCGGGCGCAGACUCCUACAGGCCCCUUGGCGUCGCACUUUGCCAGCAGGGGGAGACUUCAUGUUUGUCCUCUGUCCUUGCGCGCAUCCCCUUUAAGAUGACCUUAAAGGCGCUGUGUUUAGUUGGACAUCGGGGACGUAGCGCACCGGAGGUUUUUUUGUCUGCCGUAGCCACGCGCUUUUCCCCUUUAAGAAGGUGGUGAAGGAGCCGUGGCAAUGGGACAUGCCAGGACGCCUUUGUGCUGGAUUUUGUUUGCCAGUUGUGCGCGUCGCCUUUAAGAGGGUCUUAACAGCGCCACGUCGCUGGAGAGACCUGGCCGCCUGUGGGCUGGGCUGCUUCCUUGUGUCUCUCCCCUUUAAGAGGGUCUUAAAUCUAGGCAAGUUUUUAAGGUACCACCUCCAGGGAGAAUUUGUUAGUUGCCCUCCAUGUUUGCACACUUCACCUUUAAGGGGGUAUAAAAGACCUUCUCCAAGCCAAAGCCUGUUUUAUUUGCCUGCCACACUUCUGCCCCUCACCUUUAAGAGGAGAUUAAAGGUGCCAGCUUGGAACUCUUUUGAACAGGCGGCUGAUGGAGGCUUUAAACUGGAUUUAAUAUUUGACCUCUGCAAUUGUGCGCUGCACCUUUAAGAGGAUUUUAAAGGCAUGGACUUCGAUUGAGCCUUAUUUGUCCUCCACAUUUCUUGAAUACACCGACCUGAGAAUGUUACACAGAGACACUGUCUGGCUUUGUCCUGGACUCAGUAUUUACCCUCCACACCUGGGCACCUCACCUUUAAGAGACUCUUAAAGUCACCAGCUGGGGAACCAGUUAAUCAGCUACUUCAGCGCUUCAUCCUGGAAGUUUUAUUUAUUUACUGGUCUCCAGAUUUGUAUAUGUUUCCUUGCAUGCGCUCUUAAAGGUACUGGCCUUCC